AAGGAGGUGAAACGGAGGAAGGGCCUCUCGGAGGUGCCCGAGAGGGACAAGAAGAUCGCGGCGCUGAUGAUCGCCAAGCACCAGGAGGCCAGCCUCCUGCGGGAGCAGCGGCAAGCAGCCCACCUGCAGUGGGACAGCCAGCGGCGCCUGGCCAAGCAGCGGAAGGAGCAAGAGGAGAAGGAGAAGCAGAGGGCCCUGCUGCAUGGCCAGCGGAUGUGGGAGAGCCAGGUGGAGAAGCGGCGGGGGGGGGGGCGGCCGGCGGAGGACAAACAGAAAAAGCUCCAUCAAGAACACAACCUGAAGGCGAAGGAAGAGGGCAAGAGGGAGCUCCGGGAGCGAGAGGAGCAGCUCCUGCAGGAGAAGCUGUCCACGGCUGCACAGAAGAGGCUGAAGAAGGAGGUGCAGCUGCAGAAGGAGAAGAAACUGCUCAACCAAGCAGAGAAGCUGAAGCAUGAGGCCUUGCUCAAGGAACUGGCCAAGCAAGAGGCAGAAGAGAAGGAAAUGCUGAAGGCCUCUCUGGAGAUGAGUUUGACCAAGGCUCAGGAGAACUACGAACAGCUAGUGGAGAAGAGGAACCAGGAGCUGAGGGAGAAGGCCAAGCGGGAGGACAUGCAGAUCCAGAGAGCCAAACUGGCAGCAGAGAAGAAGGAAAGAGAACAGAAGGAGCACUUGGAGGCCCUGGCUAGGGAGACAGAGAGAAAGCUCCAGCACGCUGCCCAGGUGGCCGAAGAGGUUGUCCAAGAGAAAGCCCGCAAGUUGGUCUUGAGCCGUCUGGAGAAGGAGAAGGUGCAGAAGAUGAACAAGCAAAAGGUGGAACAGUAUGAGGACUUACGGCGCAGGGAGAUCCUCCUGUCUAUAGAGAGGAAGCUGGAGAGGAGUGAGCAGAUCUUCAAGGAGAAGACGACUGUCUUGGAAAAUGCCAGGUCUGUCGCUCGGGCCUCCUUCCAUGUUCGGGAAAAGGUACGGGAAGAGACGAACAUGCGCACCUUUGACAAGAUGGCCUUGGAAGCAGAACUGCAUGCCCACCUGAACAAGAAAUGA